UCCGUGAUUAUUCGCGCUCCGUAAGCCGAGCGUAGCAGUACUAGUUGAGAAUUAGCUGUGUCAUUCCUCAAUUUGAUUUGCACCUUUUUUGUGAUUAGAUACUGCGGAUAGGAUUAAAGUUCUUUCAAGAUGUCACCGAAGAAAGUUUACGUUGUUGGUGUCGGCAUGACAAAAUUCGAAAAACCAGGUAGGAGAGAUGACGUCGAUUAUCCAGAAAUGGCAAAGGAGGCUGUGACAAAGGCACUGCAAGACGCACGAAUUUCCUACAACACGAUAAAAGCUGCGUGUGUUGGUUACGUUUAUGGAGACUCCACCUGUGGUCAAAGGGCACUCUAUGAAGUUGGAAUUACUGGCUGUCCCAUAUAUAACGUAAAUAACAAUUGUUCGACUGGUUCCACAGCUUUACUUAUGGCUAAACAGCUAAUUGACAGCGGUUCCGUCGAUUGUGCAUUAGCUCUUGGCUUUGAAAAAAUGGAACGGGGCUCUUUAAUGUCAAAAUUCACAGAUCGUACCAAUCCUAUGGAUAAGCAUGUAGAAGUCAUGGCUGACAUUGCUGGUAUAAACGAGAGUCCAAUUACUGCACAGCUGUUUGGAAAUGCAGGACUUGAGCACAUGAAGAAGUAUGGCACCAAAUUCGAGCAUUUUGCAAAGAUUGCCUAUAAAAAUCAUUUACAUUCUGUGAAUAAUCCAUACUCUCAAUUCCAAGAUAAAUAUACUUUGGAACAAAUAAUGAAUGCUCCAAAAGUAUUUGGACCACUGACCAAGCUUCAGUGUUGUCCAACAUCAGAUGGCUCAGCAGCCGUAGUUCUUGCCAAUGAGGACUUUGUCCAUAAAAAUAAGCUUGAAUCUCAAGCAGUAGAGAUAGUAGCCAUGGAAAUGUCUACUGACUUAUCAUCUACAUUCACGGAAAAGAGUGCCAUAAAACUUAUUGGCUAUGAUAUGACAAAGAAUGCAGCUGACAAAGUUUUCACUCAAUGUCCUUAUAAACCAACUGACGUAAAUGUUGUGGAAUUGCAUGAUUGCUUCUCGACCAAUGAGCUUAUCACCUAUGAAGCAUUAGGCCUCUGUGCACCUGGCCAAGGUGGUAAAAUGGUUGAUGCUGGUGAUAACACAUAUGGAGGAAAAUAUGUAGUAAAUCCUAGCGGUGGAUUAAUCUCGAAGGGACAUCCCUUGGGAGCCACAGGGCUAGCACAGUGCACUGAAUUGUGCUGGCAAUUGCGAGGUCUAGCUGGUAAAAGACAAGUGCCAAAUGCAAAGCUUGCGCUGCAGCACAAUAUAGGCUUAGGUGGAGCAGUUGUGGUUGCUCUGUACAAAUUAGGUUUCCCUGGAAGUCAACAAGGUGUAAAGAAAAAUAAUGUAAGCGGACGGGCCAAUCCAGAAGGUUUCCAAGCACACUCGUUAUUCAAGAUAUUAGAAAUCGCAAUGCAAGAAGAUGAAGAUGGUUUGAUUGAUCGAGUUCGUGGAAUAUACGGGUUUAAAGUAACAAAAGGAACGGGCGGCGAAGAAGGUAUUUGGAUUGUGGACGCCAAAAACGGAAAAGGAAAGGUUGAGUAUUACGGGGAGACUAAACCAGAUGUUAUGAUUAUGAUUAACGAUAACGACAUCACCGAUUUUAUAUCUGGAAAGUUGAACCCGCAAAAAGCCUUUUUCCAAGGAAAAGUUAAGAUCCAAGGCAAUAUGGGAUUAGCAAUGAAAUUAAUUGAUUUACAAAAACGCGCCGCUAAAAAGAUUGAACUUCUCCGUUCGAAAUUGUAAGGUAAAGAAAUGUUGAAAUUCUUCUAGAGGUUCCACGAUCUGACAUCGAGAAUGACAUAAAUAUAGUCUCGAUAAAAUAUCAAAGUUGGAAGCUUGCAUAAAACUACGUUACACUCAUUCCUGUUGCAUAAUAUACAUAUCUUUAGUAGAAAAUGUUGAAGGUUCUACAAUUUUUUAUAUACAAUUACAUAGUUGACGUACUGUAUUCUAUUUUUCUAAAUAGUAACGUUACUAUUGCCUAAGACAAUUGUUCAAUAGUAAAUGAACAUCUAUAAUCAAAAUCAAUUCGUACUAAAUUCUUGGUCAAAUUGUAUUUAUAAUUUAAGCAAAAUUUAUGUUUUGUGUAUUUGAAUAUUGUGAGUCCAUUAGAGUUAUAUUUUUUGUUGAAUUGUGCAUAGUAUAAAUACAUUGUUAUACUCCACUCAUAAUUAAACGAGGCUGUAAGUGUCAUAAAGACGCGAGUGCUAAAAAUUUAUUAUAAGUAAAUAAUAUUCGAAGAAUAUUACAAAGUGCAUUAUGUAAAGUGAUUUUGGUACUCUUUUGCACUUAUGGCCUCAAAUGUUAUGGAUAUACAUCACUUUUUAUAUUUUUUAUCAUUUGUAUUUCAGAGAUACAUUUAGGAAUUAAGCAACAAAACGUUUUUUUAACUUUUUCUUGAUGUUUUUUAACGAUAUAAGAUUAAAGUUAUUACUAUUGAAUUAUUGAAUGAUAGGUAGAAGAAACAGGGUGCAAUUACAAUGUUAUACAGAAUUUUUGUUAAGCAGGUGUAGGUUUGUAUACUUAUUACCGAAAUAUUUUUAUGAAAAAAAAUAAAUGUUGUUUAAUAUUUUAAACAAA